ACAUAAAAAUCUUGGACUUCACUAUUUCACACCGUUAGCUGGCACCCGUUGUUGAGAGAGAGAGAGAGAGAGAGAGAGAAUGGAUGCUAGGCUUCAUGAAGCAGCUCUAAUGGGGGAUGUUGAUUCCUUAACAAGAUUGCUUGCAGGAAAUGCUCAUAUUCUCGAUAAAGCCGCUGAUUUUUCCCGGACCCCUUUGCACAUAGCUGCUCUAUUUGGGCACGUUGAGUUUGCAAAGGCAAUCUUAAGUAGAAAUCCGGAACUUGCCAGCGUAUUAGACUCUGAACAAUCCUCGCCUUUGCACUUGGCAGCAGUGAAAGGGCAUUUAGAGAUGGUAAAAGAGCUCUUGAAGAUCGGCCCUGAUAUGUGCCUUGUUUGUGAUAAAGAUGGAAGGACUCCUCUCCAUGCAGCAGCACUCAAAGGCCGGGUGGAGGUGGUGAAGGAGCUAGUUCAUGCAAAGGGAAUAGCAACUCGGGUUUUGACAGGUCGCAGGGAGCCAAUUUUGCACCUGUGUGUGAAUCAUAACCGCUUUGAGUCCGCCAAGUCGCUGUUAGAGUAUGCAUGGAAUUGUGGAGAUGAUGAGUUUGUGAAAAUGAAGGAUGAUGAUGACAACACCAUCCUCCAUCUCGCGGUUGCUAAGAAGCAUUUCCCGCUCACGAAGUUUUUGCUCACAAAAACUAAGAUGAGGGAGGAUGUGAAUGCCUUGAGCGUGGACGGUCUCACAGCCUUGGAUAUUUUACUGGAUAACCGUAGCGACUCGAUGGAUAUGAAACUUGAAGGGAUACUCCAAGGCGCUGGAGCUAUAAGAGGAGGAAUGUUACAUUUCACGGGAGACAAUUGGGCAAUUGAACGAUUGCCUCCUACCAAGAAUAGGUGGAAGAAGGGUGAAUUAAUGGUGGUUGCAACAUUGAUCUCUACUAUCACAUUCCAAGCUGGAAUCAACCCUCCCUGUGGGUUUUGGCAGGAUGAUAAUGAGGAUUUGCAGGACAGUUCUAAAAUCCACAGUGCAGGGGGGUCGAUCAUGGCCCAUAAAUAUUCAGGCCUAUACAUAUUAUUCACAAUUUUCAUUGUGGUAGCGUUCAUUGCAUCAUUGAUAGUAAUCUUAUUGUUGGCAAGUGGAUUUCCUCUCAAGCUACGUGCCUUGGUGAUGAUCACAUGGUUGAGCAUGUCUUCAAUGAUCGUUGCUUAUGGGCUAGCCAUUUUUACAAUCACCACUGGAGAACCCUUUCCUUUUGGCUACAUCAUUCUCGGUUCAUUACUUGGGUGGCUCUUAUUGAAUGGUCUACUCUUUGCAGCACAUUCCUUUCACUCCAUUAUAAGGUUUUUGAGGAAACUUAUAUCCCUCAUAUAUGUGUAUAUAUACAGAAACAAGCCACUGUUAAUGAAUGUGACCAAUGUUAAUGUUGGGCACGAUGAUGUUGAGAUCUGCAUUAAACAAGACUAAUGUACAUGCGGAUGUAUAUAUGUGUAUUUAUAUUAAUGUGUAUUGCUUUUCUUUGUUGUACCUUGGAGUUUUAUUACUACA